UCCCACAAUCUCAAACCGUACAGUCCCCUCCCCCAACUCCCACAGUUAAAAACACAUUACUAGGGCCAUACUAUUGCUUAUGCUUAGAAGCAACUAUAUUGGAUUUGGUGUAUGUAUCUAUUUGAUUAAAUGGAUACAUUGUUUAGGCUAGUCAAUUUCCACCAACAACCACAAUAUCAACCUGAUCCUUCCCUCAACUCCACCACCACCUUAACAACAUCAAGCAGUUCUAGAUCCUCAAGACAAACAACACCAACAACAACAUAUUAUUACAAUCAUCAACUACAACAACAAGAAGACGAAGAAUGCUUCAACAACUUUUAUUACAUGGAUCAUAAUAAUAAUAACAAUGAAGAAGACUUAUCUUCAUCUUCUUCUAAACAAAAUUACUAUAAUAAUUAUUCUUAUGAUCAAACUCAUCAUCACCAUGUUUCUCCUACUACUAUUACUACUACUACAAACACAUAUACCACCUUUAAUACUAUUAACACCCCUACAAAUACCGAAAUUAAUUACUCUUACUCACCCUCCCAAGACUACUUCAAUAACUUUGAUUUCUCCGGUAACAAUUCAUGGUCACAAAACAUCCUCCUUGAAACCGCGCGUGCCAUUUCCGACAACAACACUAACCGAAUUCAACAACUUAUGUGGAUGCUAAACGAGCUAAGUUCGCCUUAUAGCGACACCGAGCAAAAACUUUCAUCUUAUUUUCUUCAAGCUUUGUUUAGUCGAAUGAACGAUGCAGGUGAUAGAACUUACAAAACCUUAACAUUUGCAUCGGAGAAAACAUGUUCGUUUGAUUCAACUAGGAAGAUGUUGUUGAAGUUUCAAGAAGUUAGUCCAUGGACAACUUUUGGACAUGUAGCAUCAAAUGGAGCUAUUUUAGAAGCAUUAGAAGGUAACCCUAAACUUCAUAUAAUUGAUAUAAGCAACACUUAUUGCACUCAGUGGCCAACGCUUCUCGAAGCAUUGGCCACUCGCUCUGACGAUACACCUCAUCUACGUUUAACCACUGUUGUCACCGCAGUCAGCGGUGGCUCAGUUCAAAAAGUCAUGAAGGAAAUUGGUAUAAGGAUGGAGAAAUUCGCGAGGCUAAUGGGUGUGCCAUUUAAAUUCAAAAUCAUUUUCAGCGAUUUAAGGGAGUUGAAUUUAAGUGAUUUCGAUAUCCAAGAAGAUGAAGCUUUGGCUAUAAAUUGUGUUAACUCUUUGCACUCAAUAUCCGGGGUGGGUAACCACCGCGACAACUUAAUAUCUUUGCUUCGAGGAUUAGAGCCUAGGGUUAUGACGGUGGUUGAAGAGGAAGCCGAUUUCGAAGUUUGUUUUAGUUCCGAUUUCGUGGAAGGUUUCGGAGAGUGUUUAAGGUGGUUUAGGGUUUAUUUUGAAGCACUUGAAGAGAGUUUUUCGAGAACAAGUUGCGAAAAGUUAAUGCUCGAAAGAGAAGCUGGAAGAAGCAUUGUUGAUUUGGUUGCUUGUGAUGCUUUUGAAUCAGUGGAGAGACGUGAAACGGCAUCACGGUGGAGGAGGAGGUUGCAUGGUGGAGGGUUUAAUACGGUGUCGUUUAGUGAUGAAGUUUGUGAUGAUGUUAGGGCUUUGUUGAGAAGGUAUAGAGAAGGGUGGUCAAUGACACAGUGUUCUUCUUCUUCCGAUGACGGAAUAUUCUUGUCGUGGAAGGAAAAGCCGGUGGUGUGGGCCAGUGUGUGGAGGCCAUGAGUGACCUAUGGAAGGUUCAAUGAUGGUGGAUGAUUUGCACGUGUGCUGCGUUUUUUUGGCACGUGCGGUUGGGAUUAAUUUUCAUUGUUAUAAUUAAUGGGGGUUCUUUUUCUUUGAUCAAAUUAUAUAAGUUUGAUAUUAGUAUAAGUAGGCAAGCAUAAGAUUCGAUUAAUUAAAGGAGUUUGCUUGGAGGAAGUAAAUUUUUUGGUAAUUUUAUGAUUGAUUUUUAUUUUUAUUUACAAAAGAAUAGGGUUUGUGGUCUUUGAUAUUUAUAAAUUUGUAUGAACUUAUAUAUAUAAAAGUCAUUUUUCAUCUCAAUUGUUUCUUGUCAUGAAUAUUUAUUUGAUUAUUUAAGCUUAAUUUUCAUACGUCAAUAUAAAAAGUUUUUUUUA